GCAGUACUCAGCCAACGACGCCCUCGUUAUGCUUGACGACAUCAGGCCAUUAAGCACUGAACUGUACAGGGACUUGAAGCGGCUGUUGUCCAAGCUCUCGGGCGGCGCCGACCCGCCUCCCGAAGACGGCCAGGCGUCAGAUGCUGCCGAGAGGAGCCUCAUCGUGUCGGUCCACAAAAGCACGCCAACGAACGGGCGCCUCAUCAAGGUUUACCUUAUCGAAAACCUCGAUCGCGUUCCUGGUACGCGUAAGCCUGGGAAGAAGAGCGCGUCCAAGCGGCAAAACAUCACGACGGCCAUCGGCAAGAGCAGCUUGCGCCUCUUCUCGCAGUGCGACACCAACGCCUUGAAUGGCGCCGUCGAGUGGUACCAAAUGGUAUUGGAACACCUGGGCGCACCCGAAUCUACGCUAGACUACACGAGCGCCUCGAGUAUCCGAUGCGUUGAAAUGCCCGCGCCGAGGGACUUGCAGGAAUACUCCAAUGGCAAGGCGGAUCGGCGGCAGGCAGUGCUGGACGCGUACAUAGAGCGUUGCCUCAGCCACUACAACCGCGAAGAGGGGUCGGUCUCCGUGCCGGUUGACUACUGCAUCCCUGCUCCACACGGGCGAUCGCUGUGCAAGGGUGCCGCGGGCCAGAACCGCAGUCGGGAUGCAUGCCCCGUGGCAUUCCCCGACUAUGUCGACAGCGACGCCCCGCGUUGUCACCCGCGCUUGUUCAGGAAGGCAUUAGAGGAACGCGGCUUGCGGAGCGGUGACAGAUUCCCAACGGCCUGCCUGUUCUGCGAGGAAUGCAGAAAAUUGCGGAUGGCCGUUGCCAAGUAUCUGGGGCUCUUUUCUGGCGAGGCGAAGGUUGAGUUGAUAAAGAUGUUCUACGGUGCUCGCCCCGCCACUGACACCCCGUGGAUAUCGAAGCUGCCCCGCGAGAUUGUCGACGGUUCCCACCUGCUGCUUGCUGGCGCGGAGUGCGCCGAGCACAGCGUCCACUACUCCGACCGCCCGAGCCCCGUCUUCAGCAGAGUCGCGGCCAUUCUCUCGCAUAUGGAGAACGCCGCGUUGAUGGCAUUGGUGGAGAAGGUCCGGGCCGCCCGGGGCAUCCGCGAGAUCCUCAUAUUCGAUGGGUUUUCAGCUAAAGAGGCCGAUUUCCAUGGCGAAGCAACCGUCUUGGCAGCCGUGGCAGAGGCGACGGCCGUCGCUGGCGUGGAAUUCCAGAUCAAAUCGUGGCCGCGCAGGGACCAGCGCGCCCGCUUCGCCAGAGCGGCACUUCGAGGCUCGCAGACGGCGGUCGUCACGAGGAGGGAUUGCGAGCGAGAGGUGGGGAAUUGCGCGGUCUCGGAGGCAGGCUGGGCCAAGCCGCAGCUCAAGAUCGCGCUUGACAAGGUGGCCGCGACGAUGGCGGUGCAGGAUUUCAACGCGUCCGAGCUGGACCACUCCCAGCGGGACUUUACUAAGAAGCCGGAACUCGCGAAUGCGAGCGCGAACGACGUCUUCCACGGCGGUGACCACGAGGGCGCCGUUCACGGAGCCAUGGAGGCACAGUCCGAGAAUGCCCCCGCGCGUGACCACGGCAUCAAUACCGCGGGGGACGGCAGCGCGGUGCUGUGGGACCCAAAGGCGCCUUCAGUCGAGAUAGGAUUGCCUUUGGCCGACCUCGAGGCGUUCGCGGGGGGCAGAGAUUUGAAGCGGCGCUCGCUCGAGGCGGCGGGCGCAGAUGCCAGUUUGCCGACUGACGGCGACGACGCGGGCCGCGCGAUCCCAGCCGCGGGCGCCGACGACCUGCCCCAGCCAGGGCGCGGUCUUCAACGCGCGGCGGACACAGAGGGCCACUUCGAGACGCACUUGCGGGCGCGCGCCCGCUGCAAUUCCCCGUCGGCGCAGCGCGCGGGCACUCAGGCCCUGGAGUGCACGAAGAAGGCGCGCAUGCUCACCUGCGGCCCGAACUUCACGUGGGCCGGCGGCGAUGAGGUGAAUGCGGCAACGCUGGAGGACUUCGGGCGCUCGGGCGUCGUCUUCAUCAGCAACCAGAGGGCGUUCACCACGCGUCACUCGAGGAGACCUCGCAUAAGGCUGAUGACGGCAACGGGAAAAGAGUUCGUGGCAGAUAGCAGGAAGCUCCAUCUCGACGCCAUGAUGCACGUGCUCGUUGCCCAGGAGAUGCACCUGGCCAGGGGGCGCCGUGGGAUCGUCAUCUGUAGAGAGGUUAACGACGACACCUUCUCGAAUAUGGGCAUCCACUACCACGGCACGGCGCCCCCCGCCGCGCGCCCGAAGAAGGCCGCCGCGCUCGCCGGGGACGGCCGCGAGAAGGUGCUCACCAAGUGCGCAGACGAAGGCAAGCAGAAGCUCGCAGCCAAGAAGCAAGCAGCGGCGAUGAAGGGCGCCAUGGCGAGAAGCCGCAAAACCACGCUCAAGACGCCCGCCCUCCGCCCGAAGGCAAAAAGCACUCCGAAGGCAGCAGUGGGCAAGAAGCCGCAGCAGGCCCAGUGCCACGCCAAGAGCAGGGCGGCGCGCCGCAUGCACCACAACCACGGCUGGUUCAUGGUUCCCACGGCAGAAGGGCGAAUCGUUGCUGCGAUCGAUCCGAAGAACCCCGAGGGCAACGGCGUGGCGGCAGAGGCUUUGGCGCGGGCGCUGAAGACGCAUCGCGUGGACACGUUCGUCCACGACAGCGAUCUGAGUCGCCGCCUCAAGGGCACCAACACGCAGGUCGCUGAGAAGAGCUUCGCGCAGUUCAGGGGCUACGCGCGGCCGCUGAACGAGAUGGUGCCCCUGCGCCUCAAGUUCCUGGUUCUCUGCGUCUCCAAUCUGCAGAGCGAUUUCAUCGAGGAUGGGGCUGUCGAGUACCUGUCGCCCGUCGAGAGCAUCAGGACCACGCAGUCCAGAG